AUGCCUCCAGAAACGUUCAGCUAUCUUAAAAGUCUACGGAACUUGUAAGUACGGAAUAAAUUUUAAUUGCUUUCCUUUUAUGCAAUUAGAGCAGUCAAUACCUCCCUUAAAUUUUUCAAUUUAACUUCGGAUUCUUUGCUUAUCAACAACUUUGCGCACAUUGGACAAUCAAAUUGAAUGAUUUGAAACCAUAUGCACGGUGACUUUACUUAAUCAGUGGCCAUCAGAUUAUAGGUUUAGACCUGGUUAGUUUUUGACGAAGAAUUACAUAUACUUUUAUGACUCGCGCGACGUUAAAAAUCCUAAGACUGUUGAUGCUCUGGUUAUUUUGUUACCAACAAUGAGCGAUAUUCCAUCUCUUUCAAGGAAAAUGGAUAGUUUCUCCCUGUGUUGCUACGCUUCUCUUCACCUUGAGAAAGUAAGCUGUGAGUAUCCAAAGCUGGAGGGUAACGCCUUGUCGAGCUGUAAUCGCAUGAUCGAUGCCUCUGGUCCUAGAAGGAGUAUCUGGUUGCUGGGUAUCCUGGCUGUCGUUGGUAACCUGGCAGUGAUUGCAUGGCGUCUCAUCAGGCGUGACGACCAUCCAGUUCAAACCUGCCUUCUGACCAAUCUGGCUGUGGCUGAUUUCCUUAUGGGAGUGUAUCUCAUGAUAAUAGCUAUUAAGGACCAGAUAUGGGCAGGUAUUUACAUAUCAUGUACAUAUUAUGCAGUAUUUCUAAGUGCAGAUGAAGCCUGAAAAUACUUUUGAACAGUUAUAGAUUGUGCUUUAGAAUCACAAGCUAUGUUUUAAAAGUAGUACAUUUUUGUAAAGACUUGACAAUAGCGGCGAUGAAGUUAUAAAGCUUCGGGUUCACCUUUAAAUUGCGUCUUAAAGACAUGGAAGAUGCUUUUUAAUUCAUGCGCUUUUGAAAUUAGUCAGCAAAAAUCAGUUUGUCUACAUCUUUAUAACUGUGGAACAAAAAUCUCCUUGGUAACAAGUGCCAAAGUUAAUGUUAGGAAUUCUCCCGCUGACAAAUUUAUCAAACACUUUCAGGAUUUCAUUCGUACAUUUUGAAUUUAACUUUUCGACCUUUUGUAACUCAAACGAAAAUAAAAGCACAUAUAUCAUAUCCUUUCAUUUUAGGUACUUACUUCAGUUUCGAUCUGAUCUGGCGGUCAGGAGUCCAAUGUAAAGUGGCCGGCGCCCUAUCGGUUCUUUCAAGUGAGGUCUCGGUACUCAUGCUCACUGUGAUAACCGCUGACCGUCUGCUAAGUAUCGUUUUUGCCUUCAGAUGCUCACGUCUGACAUUAAGAGGAACUUACAUUAUUUGUACCGUGGUGUGGCUUUGCGGAACUGCAAUUGCUGUGGUACCAGCUCUUGAUACUCCGUACUUUUUCAACGAGGAAAGAAGAUAUGGGUUCUAUGGUAAAAAUUGUUCUGCUCUUAGUUACCUCGCAGUUAUCAUUUCAUUGACUGUGAAACUAUGGGGCAUUCCUUAAGUUUCCAUAACCAAUAAUAAUUUGACUACUAAUAUUAUGAAGCUAUGUAAGGGCGAAACAACUUCUGUUUUGAGGGGCUUCCUUAAUUUGAUAGAAAAGAUCUGUUGUCAACAUAAUGGUGGCUUAACGUACCUUCUGUCCCUGAACAAACCACAUCAUCCUAUAUCAUGAUAUAGCCACAUCUCCAAAGUAAACAAUGCUUACUUCAUGGACAAAGGUACCUUACUUGUUGCCUUUCUCUUUCUCCCUUCCCCCUUAAUCACUGGCUAUGUAUAAAUAACAAUGAAAAAUUGUGUUAAAUUCUGGGGCUAAAGUGUACAAACAAAGGAAUUAGUGUUCACUCUAAAGAAUGUCCCUCCCUUUCCAAGGUCGUUCCUCGGUAUGUCUACCUCUUCAGUUGUCUUCAGAAAGACUGGCAGGCUGGGAAUAUUCUGUUGGCCUUUUUAUUGGUUUGAAUCUCGCAGCUUUCCUCUUCAUCAUGUUGGCGUACAUAUCUAUUAUCGUGAAAGUGUCCAAGUCACAGAGGAGAGUCAAGGCUCACGGUGAAUCUGAAGUGAGCUUGAACAGCAUCAAAAGAGAGUCCGCGUUGGCAAGGAGGGUUUUCGCAAUCAUCUUAACAGACUUUAUUUGCUGGAUUCCUGUAAUAAUUCUGAGUAUUCUUGCUCUAACGGGAAAAUUUCACGAUGAACAAGGUGUGGCGUAUGUAUGGUUUGCGGUAUUUGUCCUGCCGGUAAAUUCCUCUGUAAAUCCUGUACUCUACACUUUCUCGACUCCAAAGGUGAGGAUGAUAUUU